CGUGCUGGUGGGACCUGGAGCCCGGCAACCAUGGACUCGGUGCGCUCCGCCUUCGGGCAGAUAUUCAGGCCAGACAACUUCGUGUCGGUCAGAGCGGAGCAGGAAAACAACUGGGCAAAGGGCCAUUAUACGGAAGGUGCUGAAUUAGUCGAUUCUGUGUUAGAUGUUGUAAGGAAAGAGGCAGAAAGCUGCGAUUGUCUGCAGGGCUUUUCAGCUUACUCACUCCCUGGGUGGUGCACAGGCUCUGGCAUGGGUACCCUUCUCAAUCAGCCAAAUCCUGUGAGGAUACCCAGACCGAUUAUGAAUACUUUCAGUGUGGUGCCCUCCCCUAAAGUGCAGAUACCGUGGUAAGAGCCCUACAACGCCACGCUCUCAGUGCACCAGCGUGAGAACACGGACGAGACGUACUGUAUCGAUAACGAGGCGCUGUAACGACAUCUGCUCAGAACGCCUGAAGUUACGACCCCCACCUACGGGGACCUGAACCACCUCGUGUCCCGGCCAACCAUGAGCGGUUUUACCACCGCCUGCCGGUUUCCCGGGCCAGCUCACGCUGACCUGCGGAAGCUGGCGGUGAACAUGGUCCCCUUCCCUCGCCUGCCACCUUUUUUCAUGCCCGGUUUUGCCUCGCUCACGAGCCGGGGGAGCCAGCAGUACCGGGCUCUCACCGUGCCAGAGCUCACCCAGCAGAUGUUCGAUGCCAAGAACAUGAUGGCAGCGUGUGACCCGCGUCACGGCCGCUAUCUGACGGUGGCCGCCGUCUUUAGGGGCCGCAUGUCCAUGAAAGAGGUGGACGAGCAGAUGCUCAACGUUCAGAACAAAAAUAGCAGCUAUUUUGUUGAGUGGAUCCCCAAUAACGUUAAGACAGCGGUCUGUGACAUUCCACCUCGCGGCCUCAAAAUGUCUGCCACCUUCAUUGGCAACAGCACGGCCAUCCAGGAGCUGUUCAAACGCAUUUCUGAGCAGUUCACUGCGAUGUUCCGCAGAAAGGCCUUCCUGCACUGGUACACGGGGGAGGGCAUGGACGAGAUGGAGUUCACAGAGGCUGAGAGCAACAUGAACGACCUGGUGUCCGAGUACCAGCAGUACCAGGAUGCCACGGCCGAGGAGGAGGGGGAGUUUGAGGAGGAGGCUGAGGAGGAGGCAGAGUAAAGCUAUGCAGUUGAACACCUGUAAAUUUUGUUUAAAGUUGUAUGAACUCUCUCUCAUUCAAAGGUUCUGUUCGUGUUGUGUUAUUAUUGCUGUUUCCGAGUCACUCCCGAUGCUGUACAGGCACCAUUAAAGCAGUUUUCACAGUGCAAA